GCCGGCUCGCUGUGACGUCAGUGUUUGGCUAACUGUCACCACCUAAAGCAGAAGGAAGGACGUCCAUCACAUGGAGAUAAACGCUCCACUGAACCGCUAUACAUGCCUGGUAGCCCGCUGAAGUUCGUCCAGGGCUUUGGGACUCCUAUGUGAGACUGUAGCGUCGGUCUCGACCACUGAGCGGAGCCGCGGCGGCUGCUACCAGAUCCCGAGCAGCGACUCCCCAUAAAGCAUGGCGUUAAUCCUGUUUACCAGGUCCCGGGCUCCUCUGGUCAAAACCUCCCGCUCGCUCAACAACGAGUUCAGGAAGGGCAAAGGGAAACUAAAUGAGGGCCCUUGUUUCAACUGCACAACUCUCAGACUUGCCAGUCAAAAGCUUGAUGGGCUCCGACUUGGCAGCACAGGCCAGGUUUCCUCACUCAGCCCGUCGCUCCUCCUGUCAGACGAAUGUGUGGGACCCGGCCAGAGCUUCGACCAACAGCGGCUCUACUGCGGCUUCGUGGUGGCGGCGUCUGCCUCACCUUACCCUGCCAUCACAGCCGGCGUCCAGUGGACAAAGGCACGGCCGCAGGACAUCCCCGGUGUCAGGUGGAUACACACCUCAAGGAGAAGAUGGGACGACUCAAAGGUGGAAAAGUCACUGCGUAUACUCAAAGACAAGAAAAAGAAGCUGGAGGAAGGGGGGCCGGUUUACAGCCCCACGCUGGACGCAGAACCUGCCAGAAGGACGAUCCGACAGCGGGUUCUGGAUGAGAUCAAGCACUACUAUCACGGCUUCAAGCUGCUGUGGAUUGACACCACCAUUGCAGGGCGGAUGCUGUGGAGGGUCCUGAAUGGAAAUCCCUUGUCUCGCCGGGAGAGGAGACAGUUCCUCCGAACGUGUGCAGAUGUGUUCAGACUGCUGCCCUUCCUGGUGUUCAUCAUCGUUCCCUUCAUGGAGUUCCUGCUUCCCAUCGCGUUGAAACUCUUCCCCAACAUGCUGCCGUCCACCUUCGAAACACAGUCAAAGAAGGAGGAGAGAUUGAAAAAGGAGCUGAGGGUCAAACUGGAGAUGGCCAAGUUCUUGCAGGACACCAUUGAAGAGAUUGCUUUAAGGAACAAAGCAGCCCAGGACAACGUGACGGAGGAGUUCUCCACCUUCUUCCAGAAGAUCCGCAGCUCUGGGGAGCGUCCCAGUAAUGAGCAGAUCAUCAAGUUCUCCAAGCUGUUUGAGGACGAGCUGACCCUGGACAACCUGACCCGGCCUCAGCUGGUGGCGCUGUGCCGCCUGCUGGAGCUGCAGUCCAUCGGCACCAACAACUUCCUCCGCUUCCAGCUCAUCAUGAAGCUCCGAGCCAUCCGUGCAGAUGACAAGCUGAUAUCGGAGGAGGGAGUGGAGAGUCUGAACGUGAACGAGGUGCAGGCAGCGUGUCGCGUCAGGGGGAUGAGAUCUCUGGGAGUCACAGAGGACCGACUGAGGGAACAACUCGUCCAGUGGCUGGAGCUGCACCUGAAGCAGCAGAUCCCCACGUCCCUGCUGCUCCUGUCUCGAGCCAUGUACCUUCCGGACACGCUGUCCCCGGCUGACCAGCUCCAGACUACACUGCAGAACCUUCCGGAAAUGGUGACCAAGGAAGCUCAGUUGAUGGCAGCAGAGAUGGAGCUUUCCAAGGUGGACAACAAGACCAAGCUGGAGACGACGCUGCAGGAGGAGGCAGCCAUACGCCAGGACACCAAGGACCGGGAGAUGGAGAGGCUGGCCGACGCUGCAGAGAAGGCUGCCAGGGAGGACGAGUUGGAGCUUGAAGCCAUGAAGGCCGACUCGUCUCAGGCGGAAAGAGCCACUCAUCCAGAGACGUUGAGGGAUACGGCUCCUGUUAUCGAGGCAAUCAAGUUUGGGCAGUGGCAGACGUUUCUCCGCUACCAGGGGGAGGAGAUUACGAAGGAGGAGAUUGACCUGUUGAGUGACGCCUGCUCCAAGCUGAAGGAGCAGAAGAGACUGCUGACUCUGGAGAAGGAGGAGCUGGAGGAGCUGAAGGACGACGUGCAGGAAUACAACGAGGAUCUGGAGGAGAUAAAGAAGGAGUUCUCAAAGAGCGGUCAGGAGAAGGCCCUGGAGGAGUCCAAGGCCAGCCAGCGUCUUUCCAAGAGAGUGACCCGUAUGAUCGGUCGCAUCGACAAGAUCAUUGGGGAGCUGGAGAAGGACAAGGUGAUCCUGGACGGACGGGUGGUGAGUGGAGCCACCCCGCCUGUGGGUCUGUUCUACACCUUCAGGGAGAACCUGAUCAGCAUUGACGAGCUCAUCAGCGUCAUGCGCCAGAUCCAGAACAUUCCAGAGGACAAGCUGCAGAGGAUCGCCGAGGCCCUGGACGACAACAAGGACGGGAAGGUCGACAUCGACGACGUCAUUAAAGUAGUGGAGCUCAUCGACAAGGAGGACAUUGACAUUUCCACUACGCAGGUCGGCGACAUCAUGGUGAUGCUGCAGAAGGAGGAGAAGCUGAUGGAGAAGGAAAAGGCCAAAGAGAAGGCUGAGAAAGAGGCGGCCGCCACGCUCAACAGCUAACUAACUCAUCCUCAUUCUAGACACAGAAGACUGGUGAAAAUGACCACUAGGACGCCUGUGACCGGUACCCGGUCACUGAGAACUGGCCAGCAGGUUGAUUUAGACAAGAUAGGGGGGAAAAUAAUCACACAGUUGAAAAUUGAUCCCAAGAUUGUUCAAGCAUCAGAAAAUAAGGCUUCCCGCCUUUUUAAAUGCUUAAAAAUAAUUAGGAGCAUUGUUUUAGGAGCAUUUAAGUUUGUGGUGAAACUUCUCCCCUUUCACUUUACUCAUUUCUACAUCUCAGAGGAAUGAACAUCAUUGUUAUUGACAUCAUCAUCAUCAUCAUUCCACUUAGCUCCUUUUCCUCUUUUUGUUUAUCCAUCCUCCCCCCAUGUCAUAUUUUUUUCAUCACUUGUACCUGGACUGGUUGGUUGUUACUGGCUUCUGUGUAUUUGAAUGAUGGCGCCAAUCAAAAACAUUAGUAAGCUGCAACGUGCAAUACACAACCUUCCGUUUGGGAAGUGACAUUAGCUUGAAAUUUUAAAAUCUGCUCUGAAAAUGGAGCAGAAUCCGAUUCAUCGCCUUCUUUA